AUGAUGUUCUCUACAUUCCAGGUAAGUAUCUCAGGGAUGGACCCUGCAGCGGAGUAUGUGCUGCUCAUGGACUUCAUCCCUGUGGAUGACAAGAGCUCCAGAUAUGUAUUCCACAGCUCCUCGUGUCUGGUGGCAGGCAGGGCCGACGUGGCGCCCCCGGGGAGGAUGGACUUCCACUCAGACUUCCAGUGGAUGAAACAGAUGGUCUCCUUCGACACACUCAAACUGACCAACGACCUGCUGGAUGACAAUGGACAUGAGGUGGUCAGUGCCAGGCCCAUGCCUCACUCUCUGCCCACCUCUGGCAGCCAUGAGUUUGGCAGUACGUCAGGAGAGCAGUGA